AAAUUAAAAAUCAAAAACAAGCAAACGUAAACAAAAGGUCGCAAUGACGCGCGAAGAAGAAGAAGAGGUGCGCUUGCUGCUGUCACGACAUCAGGAGCGCAUAAUGCUUGAUUUGGGCAGCACAGAUCUGCUGGCGGUGCUGGUCAAAAACUCGGUGCUCAGCCAAAGCGAGGAGGAUAUGCUGCUUAAAGCAGCAGCCAGCGCCGCAGUCGGCGUCGAGCCAGGCAGCGCGCCGUCAAGCGUGGGUGCGCUAACAAAACGCAAGCUCAGCGCUGUCGUCAGCAGCGGCAGCAACAGUGGCGGCAGCUCCAGCGGUGGCAGCGCCAGCGUCAGCGGCGUAGGCGGUGAAUAUAGCUCAAGUUUAGCGGGCUCCUCGCGCAGUGCAAGUGUUAACGGUGAUCAUGCCCAGAGUGACAAUCGCUCGCUAACGCCCUCUGUCGGCGUCGGCGUUGCCGAAACUCUCAACGAUGCAGAAAUUUUGCGCUUACAGUGCAACAAUCUCAUCGACAUCAUUGCCAAAAGUGGCUUUGAGAAAUUCAAACAGUUCUGCUACGCCAUCGAAUGCGAAUGUCCACAGCUGAUUGAGGAUUUAAUUAACGAUCGUCUAAAAAGCGAUGCUGCCAACAGCGAGUUGAGUCCAGGCGAGGCAAAGAUACAAAAGGAAAUCGAAACUAUCGAUUACAUAGACAAAGAAACGGAAAACGAUCGAAAUCGUCGCGCUGUUAGCUAUGGCGGCAGCAUUUCUCCGCCCCAUUGCGCCACCAUACCGCGUGCAGCUCCGCGUCGUGUGGCGCUCAUGAAGGAGCCACCGCCGCCGCCACCGCCAAAACCGCAAUUGGCAUCGAAAGCGUCGCUGCAGUCCACCGACUCCUCGUCGCAUGCAUCGAGCAGCAUCAUUGCCAGCAAAUAUCCACAGUCUGAAUACAAUCUGAUACAAAAGAUCGACUCGAACAGCACGUUGACUGCGCCGGCUCAGUACCAGCCGCAGAAUUUUUAUGCCAACACCGGUACGAUCAGCUCCUCCACAAAUGGAGCUGGUGGUGGUGGUUACUCAUCGCUGCUGUGCCAUGCGAGCAGCGCUGCCGCCGCCGCCAGUCCGCAGGCGGUGCGCAAACGCGACAAGCUGUUGCAUCGUUUUAGCGAUGCUGCCACAUUGGGACGCAAGCUUAAAAAGAAGAAAAAUACGAAUCGCACCUGCCGCUCCAUGACCGAAGCCAUUGAGAUGCUCGCCGAUCCGGUCAUUGAAGAUGAGUUUUUCGGCGAUCGCACCACUUGGGAGUAUCAUACAGUUUCGGUAACGCGUGUGCCUGGCUAUGGUUUCGGCAUUGCCGUUUCCGGUGGACGUGAUAAUCCCCACUUUGCCAAUGGUGAUCCAUCAAUUGCAGUAAGCGAUGUGCUCAAAGGUGGACCAGCCGAGGAUCGUUUACAAGUCAACGAUCGCAUUAUCACUGUGAAUGGCGUUUCGCUGGAGAAUGUGGAAUAUGCUACGGCGGUGCAAGUGCUGCGCGAUAGCGGCAAUACGGUCACACUGGUUGUUAAGCGACGCGUGCCUUUGAAUGUGGCCAAUACAAAUCCUGCACAGCAUCAACAUUCGCAUAGCAUGAGCUCGGUGGGAAUGGGUUUAAGCAAUGGCAUGAGCAAUGGCACUGGCCUGGCUGGCAGUCAAGCGCCCAGCGCUGUUAUGUCCAGCAUGAGUCAGCCCAACUCGCUGAAUUCGUCGCUGGUGCAGCAGAAUGGCAGCGGUGUGGGUUUGGGCAGUCACAUGGGUCAGCCUAUAAAGGUGACCAUGACAAAGAAUAGCAAAAAGGAUGACUAUGGCAUUGUGCUGGGCUGUCGACUGUUUGUAAAGGAAAUCAGCAGCAAGGCGCGUGAGCAGUUAACAGCAAAUGGUUAUUCGCUGCAGGAAGGUGACGUCAUUACGCGCAUACACAACACCAAUUGUGGUGAUAGCAUGAGCCUGAAGGAAGCCAAGAAGAUCAUAGAUGGCUGCAAGGAGCGUUUGAAUCUUGUUGUGCUGCGUGAUAUAACCAAUCAGUCAGCUUUGGUUAAUCAGCUUAACAAUUCAACGCAUUUGCAGCAGUCGAAUGCGCAGCUAUAUGCUUCACAUCAGGCGCAGGUGUCCAGCUGCAGCAACAAUUUGGAUGAUGCAUAUUUGCCGGGAGGCGCUAGCUACAGCUCACAGAAUCUUUAUGUGCAGCCGCCGACGCGCACGUCGAAUGGUCCGAGCGUUAAUGGCAAUGGGCUGAACGAUGAGAAAAGCAAUUUGACACCACGUGGACGCUCGCGUGGUCCGCUAAUGGAUGGAGUGUCACUGCAGCAGCUGGACAGACCAGUUAGUCCUACAAAUGGCGCACGCGCACGUGUGGAUGAGCCACCCAGACCGCCGCCACCAAGAGCUGCACAGGAGGAUUUCUAUAGCUCGCGUCGUCAGCUGUACGAGGAGCGUCAAAGCGCCGAGCCACGCUUUAUAUCAUUCCAAAAGGAAGGCAGCGUUGGCAUACGCUUGACUGGCGGCAAUGAGGCGGGCAUCUUUGUUACUGCAGUGCAGCCUGGUUCGCCUGCUUCGCUGCAGGGUCUAAUGCCUGGUGAUAAAAUACUCAAGGUCAAUGAUAUGGAUAUGCAUGGCGUAACACGCGAGGAGGCUGUGCUGUUCCUGCUGAGUCUGCAGGAUCGCAUUGAUUUGAUUGUGCAGUACUGCAAGGAGGAGUACGAUGAGGUGGUGACCAAUCAGCGCGGCGAUUCGUUUCACAUUAAGACGCAUUUUCAUUGCGACAAUCCGUCCAAGGGCGAAAUGGCUUUCAAAGCUGGUGAUGUGUUUCGUGUUAUCGAUACGCUGCACAAUGGCGUUGUGGGCAGCUGGCAGGUGCUGAAGAUUGGACGUGGUCAUCAGGAAAUGCAGCGUGGUGUUAUACCCAACAAAUCGCGCGCUGAGGAGUUGGCCACAGCGCAGUUCAAUGCAACCAAAAAGGAAAUGAAUGCCAAUGAGUCGCGUGGCAAUUUCUUUCGACGUCGACGCUCCACGCAUCGUCGCUCCAAGAGUUUAUCGCGUGAAAACUGGGACGAUGUUGUGUUCUCGGACAGCAUUAGCAAAUUUCCUGCCUAUGAGCGUGUGGUGCUGCGUCAUCCUGGCUUUGUGCGUCCGCUUGUGCUGUUUGGUCCUGUCUCCGAUUUGGCGCGUGAAAAACUUGCCAAAGAUUAUCCCGAUAAGUUCUGCACGCCGCUGCAGCAGGACGACGACAAGUCUAGCGCGGUAAAUGGCGCUGGCAAGUGCCGCAUUGUGCGCUUAUCACACAUACGCGAUAUAAUGGAUCGUGGCAAGCAUGCGCUGCUGGAUAUUACCCCCAAUGCGGUGGAUCGUCUCAACUAUGCACAAUUCUAUCCUGUGGUCAUUUUCCUUAAAACGGACAGCAAACAUGUUAUCAAGCAGCUGCGCCAUGGGCUGCCCAAGGCGGCGCACAAGAGCAGCAAGAAAUUGCUGGAGCAGUGUCAGAAGCUCGAGCGCGUCUGGUCUCAUAUCUUUAGCACACAAAUUGUGCUCAAUGAUGAGGACGCUUGGUAUCGCAAGCUGCGCGAUGCCAUCGAUUUGCAGCAAAGCGGCGCUGUCUGGAUGUCCGAGUCCAAGCCGUUAGAAUCCUUGUCCGAUGAUUUCCUUUUCCCCAUGACCACAUCCCGUUUAUCGUAUGCAUCAAGUCCCGAGUCCGACUUGGAGCUCAGUCCGGGCCCAUCAGCAUCAUUGUCGCUUGGCAAUUUGCCGCAAUUGGUAAAAGCGAGUUCAGAUCCAUCGAUUGCCACUAACCAGGAUAACUUGGAUAGGGAUAGAGACAUUAUUGGUGAAGGACUACCACCUCCAUAUACGGUACCCUAUGAACAACAUGGCGUGUCCAAUGGCAUGCGGCAUGCAACACACGAUGCAAGCAAAUAUGCAAUCUAUGGCAGCAAUGUGGGGCAGCAACAGCAGCAAUCGACGCUUGAAGCUGCCACUGCAGCGCAGCAACGUCCACAGUCGCUUUACGGCAUCAAUGCGCCUGAUUUGCCGCCACGCAUUGAUCGCCAGUCCAAGCCUGGAGAUUUGCCACUCAACACUUCGGGCAGCAGCUCACGCAAUGGCACGCUGGGCCGCAGCGCUCAGGAGCGUCUGUUCGGCAAGCCGCUGCUGCAGGACGAAGUCCAAGCGGAGUAUGUAACACGCGCUGCUUUAACUGGCGACACCAUGGAGCGCCAACAUGCCUCACUGGACAGACAGGCGCGUCUCAAUGCAGCGCAGCACAAGUCAAAUGGCGCUGCUGUGCCCGCUGCCGCCGUCGCCGCCGCUGCCUCCACCUACGACAGCGUCUCCAGCUACGAUUCAUACAACAAUGGACAGCUCACUAUGCAAAGUCUUGGCCGACUGGGGCCCAAUGCGCCCGAUGAUCUCAAAUCCGUGCCAAAUGCCAGUGCGCGUCCGCUGCCGCCAGUGGCGGCUCCACAUGAUUAUGCACGCAAUGCUGCGGCGCAUGAGCAUCGCAACUAUGCCCCAGGCAACGAUCUAAAUCGCCAAAGUAGUCCCGGUCGACCGCUCUAUCAUGAUAUGAAUGCGUCACGUAAUAUAGAUCCACGCAAUGGCACACCACAGCGUCCUUCCAAUUUAGGUUUGGACAGCAGUCCACGCAAGCCGCUGGUGGAAACUAAAACAGAUUACGGCAAAUACAGUCGCAACAAUUCCGUUACGCAAGCGGACUACAGCAAGCUACCAAAGCAUCCGCAAGCGCUGGUGCAGCCCGCCAACAUGGUCAACGGCAGCGCCACGCCCAGCAGCAAUGGCAGCGGUCCCUUCAAGCCUGUGCCGCCGCCCAAGCCCAAAAACUAUCGCCCGCCUGCACAAAGUGGCGGCAGCAGCGGCAGCGGUGGCACCACCCCCUGGGAAAAUGGCGACUCUGGCUCGCCACGUUCACCCAAUGGCUUCUAUUAUCCACCAACGCCUUCGCAUCAUCAUUAUGGACAGCAAACGCCUGUGCCGGGCUCACCGCAUCAAGCGCAGCCCAACUAUGGCACCAGCAAUGGCAACUACGGCCAAGCACCGCAGCAGCAACAGCAGCAACCUCAGCAGCAGCAAUAUGCGCCCAAUGCAGGCUACAACGGCAACAGUCAUCAUUAUAAUGGCGGCAGCGGCACUGGUCCGUACAUUGCGCCACACAGAGGCAUGCCUCCGCCCAUAGGUAAUUUACCACCGCAUACACCCGAACGUCACGCACUCGAUUUGGCCGGCAGUCGUGAGCAGCGUGGCUCAGCCUUUGAAUUGUAUCGCAAGCCACAGAUUGGCGCCACUGCGGGGCACCAUCACAACAUGAGCGAAAUGGAGCCAUACGAUGCGCGCUAUGAAGAUUACUAUGCAAGGCCGCAGCCACAUCCACACUAUGCUACCCAAAUGCAGCGCUCCAGAUCAGCGCCACGUUAUCCCAACGAGCGUGCGCCGGCGUCACAGGAUCCCAACUAUUAUACGCACUAUGAGCAGCGACGCUAUCAUCAAAGUCAGCGUGCGCCCUAUGAGCAGUACUAUGAUGAGCAGGGCAGAGAGCUGGCACCACCGCCGCCACUACCGCCGCAUAAGAAAAAGAAAUCCAUGCUAAAAAGUCCGUUGACAGCGCUGAAGAAUGCGCUGCUUAAGUCCACGCGUCCGCUUAGACGCAUGAACAGCAUGGUGGAGCCGGAACGCAAGCCCAAGGGGCUAAGACGUCAGCAGUCUAUGCUGGAGCGCGGUGUGCAGCGUCCUUACUAUCCAGAUGAGUAUCCAGGCUAUGCUACAAGCGUUAAUGAGCGUCAACAGGACAUAUACUACGAUCCUUAUGCGCCGCAGCAGCAGCAGCUAAUGAACAGCACUUAUCAGAAUUUGGAGAGCGAAGAUAUUUAUGGCAACAUAGCGACUGUGCCGCGCCAGCAGCCAGAGUAUGGCUAUGAGCAGUACGAUUUGUAUGCCAAUCGCGCGAGCAUAGAUCUGGAGCGUCGCCAGGCAGAAGCAGCGCAGCAGGCUGUACGCCAUGGGCGACGCAUAGUGCGUAGACAUAGCACCACAACAGCGGAUCGCGCAGCGCCGCUCAACAGACGCCACAUGCCACAGCAGUAUGAGCAACAGCAGCAGGAUAUAUAUCAAACCAGACAAGGCGCCUAUAUGCAAGCGGAGCAGCGUCGCGCACCCAGCUCUGAGGUAAUGGCGCGACGUCGCUUUUAUCCUGGCGCCGCCAAUGAGCAAAGCGACGAACUGGAGCCCAUGUAUCAAUCGCGGCGAGAAAUGCAGCGCGAAAUGCAGCGCAAUCAUUUGUAUCAGUCCAAGCAGGAAAUGCAGCAGCGCAUUGUACAAGGCAAACGUGAUAUGGAGCGCGAGCUAAGCGCGCAGAGCAGCAGCCAAAGCGAGCGCAGCGACGAUCGCUCAGAGCGCUCAAACUCGGACAACUAUCAGUCGCGCCGUGAAUCGACGCGCAGUCAGCUGCGUGAGCAAAUCUAUCAAACGCGCAGAGAAGCGCUGGACAGCAUGGCAGAGCCUAUUUACGUGUCCAAGCGCGACAUGGGCAGACCAGCGCCCAUAUACGAAACACGCGAGGAAAGCAUUUUACAGUCGCGCGAGAAUGAAACGGAUGAGAAAAAGGAAAAGGAAUGCAAGACAGAGCAAGUGCAGGUGGAGAUUAAUGCGCAGCCUGAGGAGCAGCCAGACAGCACGUUAAGUCGCUCUGAUUUGCAAAAAUCCUCAGAUACAGUUAUAGAAAAUAUAGCAGCUGCGCCUUUGGUGCAAAGCGAAUUCGCUGAUGAGUCAGCCGACAGCUCAGCUGAGCACAGCGAGCUGCCCACAGCUAUAGAAACUAAUGCGCUUAACAACGCGUUGUUAGCUAAUGAAACAUCAAAUGUUUCCGAUGAAGUAUUCGAGCAGCAGGAUAAGCUUAGUGCGCUGCCCAAAGUGGAAGCUGCUGCUCCCGCUGCUUCCCCGCGUGCGUCUCGCGCGCCUUUUCACAUUUCCAACAUACUCAAACGCACUGCGCCGCCGCCUAGCGCACCCAUAAGCGAUAGCUGCACCUCCAUUGAAACGCAGUAUGUUUCACAGGCCAGUCUGCCUGUUGGUCCACCCAAUGCCACCAGCACGCCCUUCAGCAGCAACAUGUCGCUGCCCAUAGCUGGUCCAGUGCCUGCUGCCGCCGCCGCCGCCUUUCCCAAACUGCCAGCUGAGCCUUGCACCACGCGCGGCUGUUUCGACGCCAGCGGCGGCACCUUAGCGGACAAGCUGUGGCAUGUAUCGCUGGAAAUUCCACCAGGCGCCAUACCCGCUGGUGUGCGUCAGGAAAUCUACUUUACAGUCAGCGAUCCGCGCAUGGGACAAGCGGUGGGCGGUCCGCCAUUGGACAUGGAAAAUGGUGAAACAAUGCUUUCACCGCUUGUCAUGUGCGGGCCACAGGGUUUGGAGUUUCUGGUGCCUGUUACACUGAAUAUUCCGCAUUGUGCUGGACGCACCGCUUCACUCGGACUGGCAUUGAAGGCAACGGACAGUGAAAAGAAUCUGCACACGGAGUGGGAUAACAUUGAUCUGCCCAGCAAUGCUGCCGCACACACAGUUUCCGUCAAGGUGGAUCAUUUCUAAGCUGUGCAGCAUUAAGUUUAUAUACUAAUUAGCAUUACUCACAACUUCAUACACAUAUUCAUGGCAAAUUUCGCUUGUAAAUAGUUUCAUUACACACAUUUAUUGUUAAGCUACGAUUCCAACAUUUAGCGAAAAAGAAAAUGUAAUUUUUAGUUCAUCUUGUUUGUUAAUUGUGCCUUUAAGUGAUCGAUUUGCUUAUGAAUCAAGUGACGUACAUAACGAUUGAAGUGAAGCAUCUGUAUAGAAACGACUUAGCAUUUAGUUUCGAUGUAUAUUUUAAACGAAAAUAAUUUACAUUUUAUCUUGCUAAUUUGACAUAUUUUUAUAAUUCGAUGCACUUUAUUGUUUUUAAUAUGCAAGUGUUUAACAUGCUUUUAUAUUGUAUUAAUCAUAGAUACCAAUAUGCCUACAUAGCCAAGAAAUUACCUAUACAUACAAUAUUUAUACUGAUUUUUUUUAUUAA